AUGGAUCUGCCAAUCUUACCCAGCAAAUGCCCUGGUCAUAACAUCUACAUCGACGGGUUUCAUGCCUUGAGGCAUCCGAAGGCUUUGCAAGAAGCCAACAUCACUCAUGUCGUUUCAGUCAUUGAUUGGAAGUUCCCCCAGGGCUGGGCUCCGCUUCGUGGGUUUCAACAUCUACGCAUUCCCCUAGAUGAUGUCUACGACUCGAACAUCAUUUCAUACUUUCCUCAAAGCAAUGCCUUCAUCAAUCAAGGUCUGAACUAUUGGCCAGCCGAUCAGUCAUCGGGCUCUGAUUGCUCACCCGGCGAAACUGGCGACAAGCCUCGUCAAAGUGGAGUUCUCGUUCACUGGUAG